AUGACUAACAACAAGCCACCACGCGCACCUCCGACACCGUCGCCGACGCCCGCACCACACCAUGGGCCGAAGCUACCAAAAUUCCUCCAGAAGGCGACGACGCGCGACAGAAGCAAGUCCGUGAUCGACCCUAUUAUGCAGCACAGUGGAAGCACCAGUGCGAGUGCAGACGGCAGCCUUGCCAGCUCGUCGUCAAGUUCGGGUGUGAUUUCUGUUGGUGAGACUUCGUCGUCUCCUCCGUCGCUGCCGAGUGGUAGUGGUUCGCGACAUCGUGGCGAUCGCCGAACGAGUAAGUUGAAAGGCACGUUGAAAGAGCUCAAGGACGACAGGAUCGGCCAGAUUGGUGCACACGCCCAGUCUGGCCGCGAGCGUGAACUGCUGGAUGAAGAUGAGAAUGGAUCUAUGCUUGGGACGGAGGAAAUGCCUGUUAUCGUUGAGCCCGCGUCCCCUGCACCAAGUUCAUCUCGCUCACGCACGCGGUCCGAGCGUCCGCUCAGCGCGUCGUCUUCGGACUCGCACCCUGCUGUCAAUUAUUAUCCCUCCUCUCACUCUACACAGCGCAUUUCUGAGAUGAGCGUGGGCUCUCGCCUAUCUGGCUGGUUCUCUCAUACUUUCAGCACGUCAUCAACGGACCUUUCAUUGCCCAAUAUUCUCGCAAAUACAACGCCUUUGACUGGUGCCUCAAAAUCAAAGUCUGGUGGACUCGGUAUCCUUACGGCAGCAAAACAUGGAAAGGGGCACUUGGACAAGGCCAUGCGGUACUUACUGGACAGCGAUGCUACUCCUGACAAAUGCACGGAUCCAAUUUGGCUUCUUGGGGUGCAACAUCCUGGUUACGAGCCGCCGCCUCCACCUCCUUCUCAGUCUUCUUCUGCACCUCCUUCGGGGCGCCGGAGCUCGCUUGACAUCCGCCGUUCAUCUUCAAUUCGCAAUUCUGUGUCGUCCUUGCGUGGAGCGACCUCCUCUCCUGAGCCUUCCAUGGUACAUCCACAGAAGAACCCUGGUGCAAACUGGCCACCUGGUUUUUACUCUGACUUCUCGUCCCGAGUCUGGUUAACGUACCGAAGCCAUUAUCCUCCCAUUCGAGAUCAGACGCUCGCGCAGCUCGAGGCGGAAGCCAGCGGUCAAAUUCCUCUGCAACCUGUGUCAGCUUCACCACGCAAAUGGCAUAUCCUUGGAAGUGGUGAGAAGGGCUGGACGAGUGACUCGGGAUGGGGAUGUAUGCUUCGUACUGGCCAAUCGUUGCUCGCAAAUGCUUUGAUUCAUCUUCAUCUCGGGCGCGAUUGGCGCCGACCUCCUCAGCCAGUGUAUACUGUUGAUUAUGCAACAUAUGUCAAGAUCCUCACUUGGUUCUUCGACUCUACGGACAUACAUUGUCCGUUUAGUGUCCACCGUAUGGCCCUCGCUGGAAAAGAUCUGGGAAAGGACGUCGGCCAAUGGUUUGGUCCCAGUACGGCUGCGGGUGCUAUUAAGACCGUCGUGCAUGCCUUCGCUGAAGCUGGUCUUGGGGUCUCUGUUGCGACUGAUGGUGUCGUGUACGAGACGGAUGUGCUCGCAGCUUCCAAUGCGGGGCCAUACAUGUAUCGGCAUUCACGAAUGGCAACAUCCUCGCCCAGCACGCGACGACGACGCAGUGCACAGCAACAGCAGAGUAUGAUGUCUAUUUGGGGACAAAGGCCUGUGCUUGUUCUCGUUGGUAUCAGACUUGGAAUCGAUUGUGUUAACCCGGUAUAUUACGACGCCGUGAAGGCAUUAUUUACCUUCCCUCAAUCCGUCGGAAUUGCUGGCGGUCGACCUUCUUCAUCGUACUACUUCGUUGGUGUGCAAACAGAUAACCUGUUUUACCUUGAUCCACAUCACUCUCGUCCUUCUGUACCGUUCCGACCACCUCCGGCAAACGUGGAUAUGCAUAACUUCAACCGUAAUUACGGCCACACUGCAUCACUACCAGCCGAUUCGCCUCCCUCGUCAUAUCGUGAAGUCUAUACAAUACACGGAACUAACACGUCUCGACAUGUCAAGGCCUCAUCUUCCAUAUCAUCUUACGCUUCACAGAGUCGCAUGUCACCGUCAAACUCUCAGGGAUCGGGUUCUGUCUCAGGGCAGAGUCUGUAUGGAUAUGGUGGUUUGGAUCUCAUACAGGAACAUUAUGUAACAUCGUAUUCGCCGAUGGAACUGCGUACGUUCCACUGCGAUCGGGUACGCAAGAUGCCGCUGUCGAGCCUUGAUCCGAGUAUGUUGAUUGGGUUCUUGUGUCGUGAUGAGCGUGAUUGGAAAGAUUUGAGGGAAAGAGUUACGGAGAUGUCACGAAGGUACAAGGCGAUAUUUUCCAUUCAAGACGAACCGCCAUCGUGGCCGUCGGAUUCAGACGAGAUGGGUAUGGAGUCCGUAUCGGAUGUGGAUAUCGACAUGGACGAACCAGCAGACGAAGUCUCUCUAUCUCCAGAACCCGAAGACAGAGAUGCCGGAGAAGGCGAGGCGUCUGACAACGCUGACGCUGGUAGACCGACUUCCCGUCGUGAAGACAGCGGAGGGAGACAAAGUGAGGAAGUGACUACAGAAGAAGACCCUCUUGGACCAGUCACACCCGGACCUUCCUCUGCGACUCAAGAUUUCCAUGACCAACAGGGGGAUAAACUGGCGGAAUCGAUGAAGGCUAUGGACCUUGAAGAAGACCUGCUAGGUGAUGAUGAAGAAUGGGUUGAUCCGGACCCGAACUUGCCUGCUCCCACGCCACGGCCACGUGAAGCGCCGAAUUACCCUGUCUUGCCUCUGAGCGCUGUGAACUCGACUGCGACGACUGCGUCGUACGUCUCUGCGUCGUCGUCGUAUAGUAGUUUGCAGAUCCCCCAGCAGAGUCCAAGUCCUGGUGCGUCGGGGAGUAGGAGAGGGAGUCCAGGUAUGAGCAAGGAAAGUGACAAAGAUAACGAAGCGAUGAAGGACGAAGAUAAGGAAAACAAGCCACAGCAAAGACCCUCCAAGAUUCGAACGAAGAAAUCGACGGGGAAACGAGAAGCAUCGUCGGCCCAAUCACAGGCGCAAGAAUACGUACCAUUCCCAGUUGUGGACGAUCGAGAACCAGACGACACAGAUUUUUAUGAAGUGCCUUCACAUUCUCAGUCUUCCUCAGGUUUUGGACAUCCCGGGUCGGGAUCAGGUCCAGGUCCGAGGGGGAGACGACGGACGGGGAGUGGAGGGAGUCAGAAUAGGACGCCGAUUGCUAGUGUGGUUACGCAGACCGACUCCACAAGGUUGACAACAACGACGACAUCAACAACAGGGAAUGGCAAUGGGAAUGCAAAUGGGAAUGGGAAUGGGAAUAGUAAUGGAAAUACGGGAUAUCGGAUACGAAAUGUUUUUGGGAGGGAUGGUGGACGGACGCAGAGUGGUGGAGUGCGUGGGAUCGUUGCGUCUGACCCCCUUGAUGAUGCGAGCGAUUCCUAG